GGGGGCAGCGGGGCGCCGGUGUCACCCGUGCGAGCGCUGGGGGACGGGAGGUGGUCCUGCCCCUCGGGCCUGCUGUCACGACAUGGUGGGGCUUAGGGAGGCUCCCUGCCCGCUGCCGCGAAGUGUGGGUGCCCUGGGGCCCCCUGCUCCUGUCACGGCACGGGGGUACCUGGGGCCGUCCCGCGCCGUGCCCGGUUCGCGGUGUGUGCGUGCCCGGGGCUGCCCUGCCCGCUAUCGCCACGGGGGGGUGCCCUGGGACCCCCCCUGCGGUCGCGACACGGGGCGCUCCGGGACGACAUGUGGGUGCCCCGGGCCCCCCGCCCCGUGGCCCCGAUCCUCGGGACGCUGCGCUCGCCGCUUCAGCUGCCGCGCUCGCUCCGUUUCCGCGCAGUGGAACGAGGUCACCCGGCACUUCCGAGCGGGGAUGCCCCUGCGGCGGCACCGGCGGCGCUUCCGCUCGCACGGCGGCUGCUUCACCGCCGCCGAGGCCGCGGACUGGCUCCACCAGGUGCUGAGGAGCAACAGCAGCUUCGGGCCCGACGUGACCAGGCAGCAAACGGUGCAGCUGCUGCGGAAAUUCCUCAAAAACCACGUCAUUGAAGAUAUCAAAGGCAGGUGGGGAGCUGAAAACCUGGAAGACAACGGUGCCCUGUACAGAUUUCCUUCAACAUCUCCAGUUAAACCUCUACCAAGCCCACCAAGGGAGAACUUGGAAAACUUCUCUGGAGACAAAGGAAAACCUUUUAAACUGCCCAGUUCAUCCAGGAGGGCUUUGAAAAAACCGGAGUUCCUGCAGUCUCUGGAAAACUUAGCAAGACCAAAACCUGAUGUAAUACAAGAAAAGAAGGAAGACACACUGCAAGGCAGGGAAAUAAGCCAGGAAUAUGUGCAAGAAACAUGGAGAAAUAUCAUCCUGAUACAUUUGCAAACCAUUUUGGGGCUCCCCUCGUUGGAGGAGGUUCUGCAGCCGGCCCAGAUCAUUCCUGAGUUUGUCAUGUACAACAUGAGCAGCACCAGCAAACACGGGGUGGUGAUUCUGCAGGACAAAGCAGAAGACCUCCCUCACUGGGUGUUGUCAGCCAUGAAGUGCUUGGCCUACUGGCCCAGGAACAAUGACAUGAGCCAAGCCACCUACAGUGGGUUUGAGCGCGACGUGUUCAGAACAGUUGCUGAUUAUUUUCACAGUCUGCCUGAGCCAUUGCUUACUUUUGAAUACUAUGAGCUCUUUGUUAAUAUCUUAGAUCUGGGCAGUGGAAAACGUUCUGUCCAAGAGGAGAAAUGUGACCCCCAGCCUUCAAAAACUCUUCAGUUGAACUCUUUCAAGUCCACUGAGUGUCUUCUCCUAAGCCUGCUCCUCAAAGAGCCUGAUGAGAAGAAGAAAGGUGAAGCUUCCAGGAGGUUUUCCUCAGAAGAGCUGAGAGCCCAAAAGCAGCAUGAAAAGAAAUGGCAGCAACACCAACUACCAUGUCAGCAAGGGAGUGCUGGGAACCUGAUGGGAGGGAGCUGCCAGAAUCUUGCAGGAUUCAGGAAUGAACAACAGCCACGUGGAGCAUUUAGGACAAGGUGUUACUCCUUGGAAAGAAUUGGAGCUGCUGCUUCGAGUGUGUGUAAUAAAGGAGGAUCUGCCUCCCUCCGGGGAGGUGGUGUGAGCACCAUCACGGGAAGUGGAGAACUGCUGGAUGAGCAUGAAGUGACUUCUGUGGUGGAGCUGGGCUGGGCUGGCUCGGGCCAAACACAGAGCCAUGGCCUCAGGAGAGUGUCUGCCCCAUCCACCCGGGGUGAGGAGCUGUGGGAUGGCAGCCACGGAUCAAAGCGCCGCUCCCUGAGCCUGCUGGGCAGGAGGAGCUGCAGGAGCUGCACUGCCAUCAACAGACCCAUCGCUGAGAUCACGGUGCAGCCCUGGGGGCAGGGAGAGGCCAGCCCCUGUGUGCACAGCAGGACUGAGGGCUCUGGCAGCACCAUCCAAAAGAGACUCUGCAGGAGCAGCACAGAACUGUCAGAACGCUCUGUCCCCCCCUCCCCUUGUGUGUUGGCUGGCACAAAUCUCCUGCAGCCUCACCUAGAAAGAAUUGCAGUGGAAGCUCUGCAGAUCUGCUGCUUGCUGCUUCCACCCCCGAACCGCAGGAAGCUGCAGCUGCUGCUGCGGAUGAUGGCCAGGAUCAGUGGCAAUGUUGAUAUGCCACGGCUGCACGAUGCCAUGGGCACCAGGUCCUUGCUGAUCCAGACGUUUUCCCGCUGCGUGCUGCGCUGUGCACAGGAGGAAGACCUGGAUGAGCUGCUUUCCACACGCUUGGUUUCCUUCCUGAUGGACCAUCAGCAGGAAAUACUCCAAGUCCCAGCUUACCUGCAGGUUGCUGUGCGGGAUCACCUUGAGUACCUGAAGAUGGCUCAGUGCAAACAGGAAAAAGAAGACAUUUGUGCCAUCUUGCCAACAUAUUCCUACUGCAAACAAAUCACUCCUCAGGAGUUUGAAGAACAAAAGGUCUCCACCUCACAGGCUGCAGUGGCAGAGCUCUUGGAGAACAUCAUCAAGGAUAAAAACCUCUCUGUGAAGGACAAAAAGAAAAAGUUAAAACAGUUCCAGAAGGAAUAUCCCCAGAUCUACGCGAGCAGGUUCCCAACGACGGAGACGGAAGCGCUGCUCCUGGAGAACAAACCCACCAUCAAACAGCCCAUGCUGAGCCUCAGGAAACCCAAAUUUCGGAGCCUCAGGUAUUGAUUUCAGCCCACCUGAGCCAUUUCUCCCUGCUGGAAGGCUGAGGGAUUCACCAAAGGAAUUGCUGCAGGAGUUUGGCGGUGGCUGGUCUGUGGAAGGAGGAAAUGUUUACAUGGACACUGUGCUGGAAAGGUGCCAAAAUAGCUUUUUUGUUGUUGUUGUGCAGAUACUUUGGAAUAACUUCUAAAAGAAAAAUAUUUAUCUGUUUACAAAUUAUUACAAUAUAUUGGAGUAGGAAAAUGUGAAAAUCCACAUAAAGCUGUUGUUAACCAAAAAUUUAUAUAUGGGUUUUUUAUGGGAAACUAAUGACCUGCUCUUGUUAUAACCUUUUAAUGUCUGGUCAGGAAUUUGUGCCAUUUAUUGGAGUUUUUACGUGUGUGUGUGUGUUGUGACUAAGUGCCUUUUCUAUUCUCAAAAUGUUUGUCUUUAAACAAAGGAGCCUCUAUGAGUUCAGAACCAGGAGAGCCAGUUUACCAUAAAUAAAUGAUUAUCUUACUCCCUAAAAUGCUUCUGUUCAUAUCAUCUGUAAAACCCUCAUCCGUUUUUUGAUAUUUAUUUAUAUUAAAAGACUUGAAGUGUA